AUGAGUGACACUAAAGAUCCAUACCAUUCAGAGGUGACGUACAGUACUGAGCUUAAGCCAAUCCUUGAAGAAACAGCAGCCGCAAAGACCAUCGCAAUAGGGAAGAAAGGACGAGUGAGUGGCCCGCCUACUACAGUGGUGGCAGCGCAACGACCGUGCCCACAUCCCCUGCGCAUGUCUGGCAACCAAAUAAACACAACGCGCACCGUCGAGAUACCACCCUUCGAUGGUACCGAGUCUGUUAUGGUGUGGCUCAGACGCGCGAAAUUCUAUUUACGGGAGAUCUCAGAGGCCGACAGGCCCUGGACGCUACUCAAGGCCCUUGCGCCUAAACAGUUAGAUAAAGCGCUCGACGCUGGCCUUGACGCCGAUCUACCCCUUGACGCGCUUUGCCAACGCCUGGCUAACUUGUUCAGCCAAACGUACUCUUUCGGCGACGCGAUGGAUCAGUUGCAGGAACGGCGAUUGAAACAGGACGAAACCCUGAACCAGCUGGUGCAGGAUCUCGAACGCCUGACAACUGUGGCUUUUCCUUCAUUAGGAUCUGAGGAUAAGGAUAACAUUGUGCUUCAUUAUUUUAUUAAAGCCCUACCGCCCUCCGAACUGUCACGGUCACUUGUACUACAACCGCCUGGUGAUUUGCGAGAUGCAUUACACAGAGCAGAACGUUAUAUCAGGUUGGACAGCGCCACUCAGGGCCACCCAAAGCAAUCAUAUCGACACCAUUGGCGUCGACCUGACUUAGCUUUGGUAAGGGGCCGCCUCCCUCUUAGACCUCGCUUCACAGGCCCCAGCUUCAGCCAAUAUAACCAGCAAGGUAGACCUUUCUGUAGACCCGGAGGUCGUCCGCCGUACCGCAACCAGGCGUACACCUGCAGCCAUACACCAAGUACACUGUCCAUUACCUCAUGCAACGAUCUCCACGAUAAGGCAACUCCAUUCUAUGCUCGAUUAUUAGUUAACAACCAAGAAGUUAAUGCGCUGAUAGAUACAGGAGCCACAGUCUCCCUAGUUAAUCCACGAAUCAUACCAAAACAGCUAUACGCUAUCAGGAGACCGGCAUGUCCGUGCACUCAGCUGACAGCAGCAGACGGUUCUCGAAUGAAUCAUAUAGGAACCGUAUCACUUGACGUAACCCUCCCACAGAGCACGUCCAGCCACACUUUCAUCGUGACCCCCAAAUUAACAUGGGAUUUGGUGCUCGGAAUUGAUUUCUUAGCACGACACGGCUGUCAGAUAGACGUUAAACAGCGAACGGUACAGUUCAACACAAAAAAGGAAGAAGAACCCAUGACGUCAGCGAUAGUUUUCGAUGACGCAGCCAUAUGUGCGGCUAUCCAGACCUCAGUGCAAAUACCGCCUACUUCUGUGAACCAUAUAUUAUCAAAGGCGGGGGGAACCGACCGUGACCGUCAGGCCCUCAAAGUCCUACUACUCGAUUUCGAGGACGUGUUUGCGUGGGACGAGUAUUCCCUAGGCCGAACGAACCGCAUCCGGCAUUCCAUCGAGACCGGCUCUGCUAAGCCCAUUUGGCAACAUCCGCGUCGGAUUCCUGUCCAGUACCAAAAUGAAGUUCGCGAUCUAUUAGAUAACAUGCUAGCUACGGGAGUAAUUAGACCGUCGCACUCCCCGUGGGCCUCCCCAGUGACAUUGGUACCCAAGAAAGACGGUAAACUGCGGUUUUGUAUCGAUUACCGACGCCUAAACGCGGUCAUGACACGCGACUCGUUCCCAUUACCGCGUAUAGAAUGUACCUUGGAUGCAUUGGCCGGAUCCCAGUGGUUUUCCACCUUAGACCUCAAGUCGGGCUAUUGGCAGGUAGAGGUGGAACCUACAGAUCGUCAGAAGACGGCCUUUAUCCUGCCACAAGGGUUGUUCGAGUUCGAGACUAUGCCGUUUGGAUUGUGCAAUGCAGCCGCUACCUUCCAGCGACUCAUGCAGGUCGUACUAGCGCACUUGUAUCCCCAACAAUGUCUGGUGUACCUUGAUGAUGUGAUCGUCUUCGGUAGAACGAUCGCACAGCAUAACCAAAAUCUGUACGCGGUGUUGGAGGCAUUACGUGAAGCCGGACUGCGUCUGAACCCACAAAAAUGCCAGUUCCUUCGCCACCAGGUGUCAUAUUUGGGCCACGAGGUCUCCGCAGCAGGCAUACGCGUCGCCCCGGAGAAGAUAGACGCUAUACGAUCCUGGCCUACACCACAAACCCCCACGGAGGUCCGAGGAUUCAUCGGAUUGGCUUCCUAUUACCGACGCUUUAUCGCCGAUUUUGCCGGCAUUGCGAGACCGUUGCAUAGACUGACCGAGAAAGGACGGAGAUUUCUUUGGUCAGAAGAGUGUCAAACUGCGUUCGACGACCUUAAAGCCCGCCUUACAACAGCCCCGAUACUCAGACUUCCUGAUGUCUCCGCGGAUGCACCCCCUUUCAUCUUGGAUACUGACGCUAGCGCGUUCGCUAUUGGCGCAGUACUCUCACAGGCGGAUAACAGUGGUCAAGAAAAACCGUUAUGCUUUGCGAGUAAAACCUUGUCAAAACCACAACGCAAUUAUUGCACAUAUCGGCGUGAAUUACUAGCCAUUAUUACAUUCAUUAAACAGUUUCGCCCCUACCUGCUGGGCAGGCCAUUUAUCGUACGCUCCGACCACAAGGCUCUACAGUGGCUGCAGAGCACAAAGGACGCGGAAGGACAACUCGCCCGUUGGCAAGAAAUACUACAGGAAUACAAGUUCACUUGCAUCUACCGAUCAGGUAAACAACACGCUAAUGCGGAUGCCCUAUCUCGACGACCCCCUAAUACGGAAACCAGAGCAGUCAACACUCCGAGGGACGAGGUCACCGCGGUUUACGCCAGCGAGCCGACACGACACCACUGGGCAGUGGCUCAGAGUACGGACCCGGACACCGCGGUAGUCUAUGACCAUUUGACGCGUGGUCAACACCGAUCAACCGAUACUGAACUACGUGGCUCGUCCGAAGCAGCCUAUAUUCUCCGUAACCAGUGGUCACAACUCUUUAUCGAAAACGAUAUCUUACUAAUUAGAGACAACGUAACGAGACACAGCCGAGUGGUAGUCCCAGGAAGCUUGGUACAAGCAGUGCUCACAGAUCUGCAUGCCGAGUUAGGACACGUAGGACGAAACAAGACAGAAGCCGCAGCUCGCCAGCGGUUUUGGUGGCCUCAUCUCCGCGAUCAGGUGGCCAUCUUUUGCAACACUUGCAAGACAUGUGCUACAUUCAAGGCUCCUCAACAACGGCACCGAGCACCACUCCAGCCGAUGCUCACAGGUUUCCCGUUUCAACGCCUAGGCCUAGACAUUAUCGGCCCAUUACCAUUCACUACUUCCGGUCAUCGAUUUAUAUUAGUAAUGGUUGAUUAUUUUACCAAGUGGGCAGAGGCAGUACCCCUUCUACGCCAAGACGCUGCGUCGGUAACUACCGCGAUAUUUAACAACUGGGUCUGCCGAUUCGGAGCGCCCCUAUCCGUCCACUCAGACUGCGGAGCGAAUUUUGAUAGCAAACUAUUACAAGAUGUGUGCGACUUGCUCGACAUUUAUAAGACACGAACUACUCCUGCUCACCCGGAAGGAAAUGGCCAAGUUGAAAGAACUAACCGCACACUGACACAAUUACUGAAGGCCUUUGCUGAAGAGAACCGCCCCCACGAUUGGGACAAACAGUUACCAUGCGUGAUGAUGGCAUAUCGCACCGCGGAGCAUACCUCGACGGGAUACUCCCCUUUCUUUAUGCUCACAGGGCGCCAUUUCCGCCUACCGAUAGACUCCCGCGUGCCGGAAGCCGCACCCAACGAAUGCAAUCCAGACGACUAUAUGUGGCAACUACAAGAAUUACUACGCACAACCCACAACCUUGCAAGAGAUCAUCUCGGAGCAGCCGCUGAAAGACAAAAAAACUACUUCGAUCGCCGGAUACAUGGUACUCCCUACCAAUUAGGCGACCUAGUGUGGCGCUUCCGCCCAGUACCCCCCUUGGCACUUCAGCAAAGUUCUUCCAUCCUUGGGAAGGACCAUAUGGUGUCGUAG